AAAAAGGAGUCGUCCAGUGAGUGCGAGCGAGAGGAGAGGGCCAGCGAGCAGGCAUGGGAAACUCCUCGUCACACACGCACGAACCACUCGAGCGCGGCUUCCAACGCGGAAAAUUCGGUGACGUUAAAAAUGGGAAAUCCGCUUCCUUCCGGUUUAGCAAGAAAUCGCCGAAGAAAAUGGAUCGUCUGCGUCGCUCCUUUCGCGACUCCUUCAGGCGUCGCAAGGAUCGCGUCCCGGAGUCCUCGAAGCCGCAUCAGUGGCAGGCGGAUGAGGAGGCCGUGAGAUCGGCCACCUGCUCCUUCUCCGUCAAGUAUCUGGGAUGUGUCGAGGUCUUUGAGUCGCGCGGCAUGCAGGUCUGCGAGGAGGCCCUAAAGGUCCUGAGGCAAUCCCGUCGUCGUCCUGUCCGCGGAUUACUUCAUGUCAGCGGAGACGGCCUGCGAGUCGUGGACGACGAGACCAAGGGCCUGAUUGUGGACCAGACCAUCGAGAAGGUCAGCUUCUGUGCACCCGAUCGCAACCACGAGCGCGGCUUCAGCUACAUUUGCCGCGACGGAACCACUCGCCGUUGGAUGUGUCACGGCUUCCUGGCCUGCAAGGACUCCGGCGAGCGAUUGUCCCAUGCGGUGGGCUGUGCCUUUGCCGUCUGCCUGGAGCGGAAGCAGCGACGCGACAAGGAGUGCGGCGUGACGAUGACCUUCGACACGAAGAACUCGACUUUCACGCGGACCGGAUCGUUCCGCCAGCAGACGCUGACGGAGCGUCUGGCCAUGGCCACGGUGGGCACGAAUGAGAGGAGCGUGGAUGGACCUGGGUCGGCAAUGCCUGGUCCUCCGGCGGCCACCGUCAAGCCUUACAAUCCCUUCGCCAUCGAACGGCCCCAUGCCACGCCCAACAUGCUGGAGCGGCAGAGCUCCUUCCGCUUGAGCACCAUCGGCAGCCAGUCGCCGUUCAAGCGCCAGAUGUCGUUGCGUGUCAACGAUCUUCCGUCCAACGCCGAUCGUCAGCGGGCCUUCCUGGCCGCCGCCGCUGGGAAUCCGCUGCAGACGCCUCUGCGCAGUGUUUCGCCCAUUGCCGAGGUUUCGCCAGCCAAGUCAGGUGGAGCAGAUCCUUCGUCGGCAGCCGCGGUAGCUGCCGAUUCCGUGAGCCAACUGUGCCAGGAGCUCAGCCAGGGUCUCUCCCUCUUGACCCAAACGGACGCCCUGUUGGCAGCCGGCGAGGAUCUGAAUUUCAACAACAAUCGCAGCAUCAAUCAGAACAUCAUUGCCGCCGAGAAGCAGGUGCAGCAUGUAAUCUCGUACAGCGCCACGCCCACGGCGCAGGUGACGCCGCGUGUGGCCAGCAGCACCACGCCCACUUAUCAGACGCUCCACUCGCAGUCGCCCACGCGAUCGGAGCAGAGCAUCGAGACCUCAACGGAGCUGCCGAAUGCCGAGCAGUGGUUGGGUCAUGUGGUGCGCAGUACCUCACCGGCUGCACCACCCAAGCGGCCCACCUAUCUGGCCAAUGUGGGACGUGCUCAGACACUGGCCGCUGCUGCGGGAGGAGGAGGCGGUGGCCCGGACGAUCCGUUCGACGCCGAAUGGGUGGCCAAUGUGGCGGCGGCCAAGCAAUUGUCGCCGGAUUUGCCCGCUUCGAGCACCGCACGCUCGCCGCUUGCCAGGCACAGCACCAAUCCGUUCAUCUCACCGCCCAAGGCGCCGGCGCAGACAUUCCAGGUGCAGCUCUAGGCAGCGAAUCCUCCGGGGUCAACAGGGGGACAAAGUGUGGUUCGCUUGAAAAAAACGUAACUUAGUUUAAAGUUCAGGGGCAGGAUCAGGCCAAACAAAGAUGGAUGGAUGGCUGGAUGGGAUGGAUGUUAUCAGAGAUACUUAACGCAAACAUAACUAAUGUUGAGAUAUGCAUAUAGAAAACCUAAAAUACAGUUACUUACACGCAAAACGCAUCAAGUACAGUA